UUUUAUUACGCCGGCGAACGGAAGAGGUUCUGAUUUUGUUCCGACACCGCAAAAAGGGGAGUACCUAAUCCAGUGAAAAUGUUGAGCAGGGUUUUUUGCAUGCGGCUGAACACCUACGGUGUCGUCAUCGGAUGGCUCGGCGCCAUACUCUCCUUCUUGGCCACGAUCCUUUUGGCCGUGGCCCUGGGAUUCGUUGAUGAAAUUGCGCAGCAGAUCGUCGACGCCAACAAAAAUCCCGAUGUAACUGUCAGCCAGGUUCGCUCCGUGCUCAUCAUAAUCUUUAGCGUUUACCUGGCCCUGAAGGUGAUCAAUUGUUUGGCAUCGGUUAUGUUGGUUGUGGGAACCGUUAAGGAACGCCAUCUGCUUCUGCUUCCUUGGCUGAUCAACAACGGAGUGCUCCUGGUCACUGGAAUCAUCGCCCAUAUUACUCUGUGGGCGGAGCUUAUCGAAUCCUCGACGCCAUUCAUAAACGCCCUACCGGUCAUCUUGCUCUCUCUGUCCAUGCUCGUGCUCGCCUGGUAUCUCUACUACGGCAUCUACUCGCUCUUCAAGCAGAUCCAAGCCUCCAGUGAGAUCCAGCGCCCUCUGAUCCCGCCGCCAACCCAGCAGACCAACUCCUAUCCCAGCUACACCAAGAUAUAGGCUGGGGCAUAAGCUCCUUUAAGAUGUAUCUAAACCGAACUUUGUCUGCAUCGCAUACUUUUCGAAUUUACAAAAAAAAAAUGUCUAUAGCCCGUAUUUAAACACCAAAAUUGGGUAUUACCUGGUAAAUUCGAUGCAGCAAAGGAACGAUAUUUGUUGUACAAUUAAUUCUUUUAGUUUCUUUUGGCCAUUACGCCAUUUCACAUUCUUACAUACAUAUUAACUAGCACUUGAUGUAUUUGUAUCUAUUGGACUGAAAUUGCCAAGUACCAUUUUUCGAUUGGCUCAUAAAAUAUAUUUUCUAUAUACGCA